CAAAACCCGGAAGCGAAGUGUUGACCAAUCGACCGGAUAAAAGUCGGCACCGGGCUGGAGUGAACUCCCCCAGUAUUUCGUCGCUAUAACCUCGGUCAAGACUCAUAAAGUCUCCCUUGUCGCGUUUUUUCCCAUUGACAUAUUGAUCUUUUUUGAUUGAUAAUGGCUGUCUACAAACUGGUGCUUAUUCGCCACGGCGAGAGCAUUUGGAACCAAGAGAAUCGCUUCUGCGGCUGGUUCGAUGCUGAUUUAAGCGAGACAGGAGAGAAGGAGGCAAGGAGAGGUGGACAGGCCCUGAAAGACGCCAACUUUGAAUUCGACAUCUGCUACACCUCGGUGCUGAAGAGGGCCGUCCGUACGCUGUGGCUGGUGCUGGAUGCCAUCGACCAAAUGUGGCUGCCUGUGCACCGCACCUGGCGACUCAACGAGCGCCACUACGGCGGCCUGACAGGCCUCAACAAGGCCGAGACGGCGGCUAAGCACGGCGAGGCUCAGGUGAAGAUCUGGAGGCGCUCCUUCGACGUGCCUCCUCCCUCCAUGGGCCCUGAGCACAACUUCGACCCCAUCAUCAGCAAGGAUCGGCGCUACGCGGACCUGACCAAGGAGCAGCUUCCUACUUGUGAGAGCCUUAAGGACACGAUUGCACGUGCGUUGCCCUUCUGGAAUGAGGAGAUCGCCCCGCAAAUCAAACGGGGAAAGCGAGUGCUCAUCGCCGCGCACGGAAACAGCCUGAGGGGCAUCGUGAAGCACCUGGAGGGAAUGUCCGACGCGGCCAUCAUGGAACUCAACCUGCCCACCGGUAUUCCCAUCCUGUACGAGCUGGACAAAAACCUCAAGCCCGUCAAGCCUAUGCAGUUCCUGGGAGAUGAGGAGACCGUGCGCAAAGCCAUGGCGGCUGUUGCUGCCCAGGGUAAAGCGAAGAAGUAAAAAAAAAAAAAAAAAAAUCACCUGCAGGACAAAGUCUCUCAUCAUUGUGUGUUUGUUGGAACAUUGUCACUCGCUAGCUUGUGCGAUUUUUAGGACUGUAAAUAAAAGGCCUGUGAACACAAAAAUAUUGAAAUAUAAUACUAAGUCAUAUUUGACUAUACUAAGCGACAUUUAAAAAAAAAAAAAUUGUUUGAACCUCACAAUGUAUGUGUUUUAUGUUUUGAUUCUGUCAUUGAUGAUAAUGAUUAGAAUAUAAUGCACAAUCUUAAAGAAAACCAGUAAAUGGCUCUCGAAAGAAAAACUUUGACACCCCAACUGUCUUUUACCGUGCAUCAUUCCAUUAAUGUUGUUAAUGUGUUGUUGUUGUGUCCUAUGAUGAAUAUGAAUGAGUCUUGUGCCGUUAUUAACACUCUACUAGUUGCCAAAUCUAACAUCCAAGUAGCAAAAAAUAAUUUUCUCAGUUAAGAUUUUGAUUUAUUAACCAUUUGUCCAACAGACAUUGUCAGUCUUUCACGUGUAAUAUCAUUGCCUGAAAUUGAAAGUAAAACUGUUCUGCUGCUGUC